AUGGCUCCCAGGGACUUAGAUCUGGAUGGUGUGUCCUUCGUUAUCGAGUACCCGGCAGAUGGCUCCCCUGAAGUCAUCUGGAUCCUCGACGAUGAUGAAGAUGAGUUUCAGGUAGGUGAUGUACAGGUAGGUAACUUCAUUCCCCAAGUUUACUCUGAUGAAGAGGAUGAGGCUGAGGCUGAGGAGGACUACCAUGAUGACAUUGACAUGGAAGACUUUGACGAUGAAGACACCGAGGAUGAAGACAAUGACAUGUUAGACUUUGACAAUGAGGACUGGAGAGCCCUAGAGAGUGAAGAAGAUUCUGGGUACGGGUCCAUGAGCGAGGAGGAAGAGGAGGAUGUCGAGGAUGAAGAGGAGCCUCCUGCACAGCCAGUGGAGUGUCCUGAAGAUCUGCCCCCAGUCUCUCCUCGGUCUGAAGACUCUGCUCCCCCAGCCUCCAGCCUCAGCUCAUCCACCAAGAGAUGCAGGGAGGACAGCGACACACUUCAGGUAAGUGUGAAGAGGGAGAGGUGGAUCUGUGAGGACUGCGACUGUGAGCCAAGACCCUCCACUUCAGGCCUCAGCUCUGCCACAAAGAGAAGCAGGGAGGACAGCGAUACACCUCAGGUAAGUGGGAAGAGGCAGAGGAAGACCUGUGAGGACUGCAAUGAAGAGCCAAGACCCUCCACUUCAGGCCACAGCUCCUCCACACACAGAAGCGGAGAAGAGGACUACAGGAACUCUGCACCCUCCACUUCUGGCUCCAGCUCCUCCAUGCCCAGAAGAUAUUGGCCGAGUUCUUUCCAGUACCCGAGGAGGCCCGAUGACAGCGACUCCGAUGAAGACUGA